GCAGCCGGCGGCUCCCCGCCUCGCCUGCCGCGCUGCCUCUCCGGCGCCCGGCUCUGCUUCCUUUCUGGGGUGGGAUUUAGGGCGAUCUCAGUGCUUCCCCGGGGGCGCGUGUGGCGAAGUUAGAGCCAAGGGAGCCUCCUGCCUCGGGACGCUUACGGGAGCGAGCCCCCAUCACCUGCCCCGGAGAGCAAGGCUGUGGCAUUGCAGUUCUUCACCUUAACGCAUCAGAAAUAAAAAGCGAAGGUACUGGUGUGAAAUGUGUCCCGAGAACGUGACGGCUCCGGGAGUGACACAGGUGGUGUUUCACAAGAUGUCUCCUAAUGAGACUCUGUUCUUGGAAAGUACCAACAAGAUCUACAAAGAUGAUAUUUCCAACAGUUCAUUUGUGAACUUCCAAAUAUGGGAUUUUCCUGGACAGAUGGACUUUUUUGAUCCCACAUUUGAUUAUGAGAUGAUAUUCAGAGGAACAGGUGCUCUAAUAUAUGUUAUUGAUGCCCAGGAUGACUACAUGGAAGCUUUAACAAGACUCCACAUCACAGUUUCAAAAGCCUACAAAGUCAACCCAGAAAUGAACUUUGAAGUUUUUAUUCAUAAAGUUGAUGGUUUAUCAGAUGACCAUAAAAUAGAAACUCAGAGGGAUAUUCAUCAGAGGGCUAAUGAUGACCUCACAGAUGCUGGGCUUGAAAAACUUCACCUUAGCUUUUAUUUGACCAGUAUCUAUGACCAUUCAAUAUUUGAAGCCUUCAGUAAAGUGGUACAGAAGCUCAUUCCACAACUGCCAACGCUGGAAAAUCUACUAAAUAUCUUUAUAUCAAAUUCAGGCAUUGAAAAAGCUUUUCUCUUCGAUGUAGUCAGCAAAAUCUACAUUGCAACAGACAGCUCCCCUGUGGACAUGCAGUCGUAUGAGUUGUGCUGUGACAUGAUUGAUGUAGUGAUAGAUGUUUCCUGUAUAUAUGGGUUAAAGGAAGAUGGCACUGGAAGUGCUUAUGAUAAAGAGUCAAUGGCAAUUAUCAAGCUCAAUAAUACAACGGUCCUGUACUUAAAGGAAGUAACAAAGUUUUUGGCAUUAGUUUGCAUUCUUAGAGAAGAGAGUUUUGAGCGCAAAGGUCUGAUAGACUACAAUUUUCAUUGCUUCCGCAAAGCCAUUCAUGAAGUCUUUGAAGUAGGUAUUGCCUCCCACAGAAUCUGCAACCACCAGUCAAGCACCUCAAAUAUGAAAGCAGUGACUCACAAUGGCACACCUAGGAAUGCAGUCUAGAGGAAAACUUAAAGAUGUUGGACAGACUUGUCAGCUCUUCACUCCAAAGUUUCGUGGAACAAGAGAAGAGUAGUCUGAAAGCCUGAGAAGAGCGGCGCUAUCUGUGGAACAGCAGCUUGUAACUCGUGUGGGACAACUGAAACUACUGUAAAAAUACUUUGAGGCCAGUGGAGUUAGAAAUGCAGGUUUGAAACCAGCUAUAAUGCUAGUGCAGUGGUUUUUCAGUUUGGAGUCCUGUUUUAACAGUCUAUCUCUGACUGAUUGCCCGGCCAACACUUCCAAACGAUCAAGUUGAGUUUUAUGUGAAGCAAUGAAGAGUCACUUGCUCAACUUUCUUUCUUUUAAUUAAUCUGUAGAAUAUCCACUUUUGCUUAAGUUUACCUUUUUGUCAUGGAAGGGGAAAGAAAGGAAAGAAAAAGGUGGUGUUAUUAUUUAGGCUUGUGAAACUCAAGCUUUUUGUUUGGUGAGGCUGGUCUCACAAAUCAUUCCAUGAAGUAGUUCUUGCUCUCGCUGGUGUGCUCAGAGUAUUCUCGUGAAUUCUGUACUUGUUGAGUGGAUGCAAGGUAGAGCUCUGUUCUAGUGAUUCUCUGUUUGUUUGGAGAGCUGACCUGGAGCUUCAUUUUAAGAGUUCAUGAUAGUUUGCUUUCAGACCACACUUCUUGGUAUGCUUGAUGGAAGGGAAGUAUUAAGCCCAGAAAUAAACUACCUGCUCUCUUUUGCAAAAACAUGGAUGUCAUCAAUCUAUGUGAUUAAUGCUAUUCACAAAACAACUGCAUGGCUAACUAAACUGGAAUGUUUGCCAUCUGUUGGCAUAAAGCAGCCACUUUCAGCUAUUCCCAAGCAAAGAAAUGACCAAGUUAUUGACUUAUGAUGAUGAAUCUCUCUCUACCCUCGACUGAUAAUCAAGACAGUUCUUAGGAAGAUGUCUGAGGGUGUUAUCCUUGCACAGCAAUUAAAUGUCAGUGUGCCACAACCUACUAAUACUGGCCAUUGAAAGUGCAUUGAUUCUGUAUUGUGGCAAACACCUUCUUGUUUGUUGCCAUGCAAUCUGAGUAGAGUAGUGUGUUUUCUGAUCUUGUGAAUGCUGGCUUUCAUACUAUGGGGAAGUAUAUCUGAAUUGUUUUAAUCUAAUUUAUUGAUAUUGGUAUUAUUACUGCAGAUGUCAUAUUGUACAUCAGCCUUGCUAUGCAGUAAGCUCAGCUACUGGCCCGUAAAGAUCUUGCCUCUUUUUAUCUGUCCCUAUGUGUGCAUAGGUGUUGCAAAGCCACUGGACCAACUUGACUGUACAAGUGCCACUGUAAAAGUUUCUGCCAGAAGAUCUGUUAAUUGUAAGCAAUCUCUGCAACUGAUGUAUUUAUGUGGUCAGGAAUAACUGUGGAAUUGCUUCUAUGCUUAGAGAAUGGAUUUUCAUUGAACUGUGUAAAAAUGGAUAUACAUGCAUUAACAUUAAGGUGUAUGCACAUACUGUGCUAAUGUUUUUUUCCUUUGUUUUAAGGAUGUUGUAUGAUAGCAAAUACAUAAGGGAUCUGCUCCACAGUCAGCAGCAGACUUGGGAAUUCGAGUGCUCUAGUUCAGUUCUUUUAAUAGCAGUUGUAGUUCUGAACUGAAGCUGAGCCCCUUUUUGGUAAUGGAACUGCAGGGUUGUCUAAGGAGGUCCCGUGGGCUUGUAAGAUUGGGUUUUGUCUGUCAUCGUGUUCUGGUACUCAAGGUGAGAGGAGAAGUAAUUGGAAAGAUCAUAGGAAGGAAGAAAUCAUUCCCGGUGCAUGUUCUAAGUCCAUGUAUAUGUUCCUCUCUUUGUCUUUACUCUCUACAUGGUUUUGUGCUAAUAAAAAGACAAAAAGGUCAAGCUGUAA